UUCUCCUGUAAGAGAGACAAUUCAAUAGUUACCGGCACUCCAGUGAGCAGCCACAAUGAGCGAAGCCGCGAUCAUAAAAGCGAACGCGAAGAGUCAUAGCGACUACAGUCUACAAAUAAACCGCUGGAUAUUAAAACCGAUCGGUGCUUGGCCAUAUUUCUCCACCACUUCAACACGCGAAAGAGUCAUUUCCUUGUUCUUAAUCGUUGUCUGCUACGCCAUUAUACUGUUCAAUGUAAUCCCUUGCGUCGCUCAUUUAAUCUUCGUAGGUGAUAGUUUUUAUAGAAAAGUAAAAGUGUUCGGUCCUCUGACUCAUUCAUUUCUCGGUGGUAUCAAUUACACAAACCUGCUGUUUCGGGGCAGAAAUAUCAGUGACUGUGUGGAACGCAUUGAAACUGACUGGCGGAUGGUGAAGAAAGAGGACGAGCAACAAGUAAUGUUAAAACACGCGAAGUUUGGCCGAUAUGUGUCGACUAUAUGCGCGAUCUUCGUGCACAGUGGUAUCAUGUCUUUCUGUAUAGUAAGUGCGUCCAAUGUGCAGAUCAUCAAAGUUGGCAACGAAACAAGGACCAUUCGUAAGUUACCUUUUGAUGUUUACAACAAGAUGAUCCCAGUUGAUACGAGUCCCGCGAACGAAAUAGUCCUUGUAGUGCAGUUUGUAUCGGCUUUCAUUGCCGAUUCCAGUGGAAUUGCAUUUUACACCCUCGCGAGUGUUUUGGCCGCACAUGCUUGUGGUCAACUAGGCGUGUUAACGAUUUGGAUCAAUGACUACGUGAAUGAAGCUGGAAACAGAAAGCAGGAUGCUUCUGUUAGAAAAAUUGAAACGAUCGUAAAACAUCAUCUGAGAAUUCUAGACUUUAUAGCACGUAUAGAGGAAAUAAUGAGCUGGGUAUGCAUGAUAGAGUUGUUUAGAUGCGUUUUGGCAAUAUGCAUGGUUGGGUAUUAUAUCGUUACGGUAUAUAUGGAACAUCAAACAUAUGUAGUGUUUAUUAUGUUAACUGAUUUUUUAGAAUGGUCCGAUCACGAUGUUCGAAGCCUCACCUCUUAUUUCGUAAUAUGCGCAUCACUCACUUUCAAUACAUUUGUAUUAUGUUAUAUCGGCGAAUUGCUAAUAGAACAGUGCAUGAAAGUUGGUGAGAUAGUUUAUAUGACAAAUUGGUAUUUCUUACCCAGAAAAAGAAUCCUUGAGUUGAUUUUGAUCAUCGCACGAUCGAGUGUGGUCAUUGAAAUCACUGCAGGAAAAUUAAUUCAUAUGUCCAUACACACGUUCGCUGAUGUAAGUCAGAUUAUUGUAUGUAUGUACGAAUAUGUAUCUUUCUUUGCAGACUAAAGAAUUUCCUAUUCCAGGUGAUGAGAUUGGCCUUCGCGUAUCUUAAUAUACUGUGUCAAAUGACGUGACUAAAUGCACUUCUACUGAAUUUCUUAUUUAUAUACUAUUGUAGAUGAAAUUGUAGAGUUUGAAAU